AAGGGAUAGAAAGAGAUAGAAGCCAUGGAAGUUGCAUUGCUGGUGCUGAAGAUGAGUGGAACAAGCUUGUUGAUAGGGUUCAUUGCAUUGCUGAUUCAGGUGUUUGAUUCAAUGAUUUUGAAGCCAAAAAGGCUUCGUGCCAAGCUCCGAAAGCAAGGAAUCAAGGGUCCCCCUCCUACGUUUCUGCUUGGAAAUACACUUGACAUAAAGAGGACACAGUCUAAGGCCGCCCAACAAGGUGAACAGCAACAGAUAACCCACAACAGUUCGUCCACGGUGUUCCCUUUCUUCCAACAAUGGAGAGAACAAUAUGGUCCCACAUUUUUGUUUUCGCUUGGAAACAUACAGAUUUUACACAUAAUAGAUGCUGAUUUGGUCAAGGAAAUAAUUACAUGCACAUCAAUGGACCUGGGAAAUCCUACCUAUCAACAAAAGGAACGAGGUCCUCUUCUUGGCAAAGGCAUUCUAACUUCAAAUGGUGAGUUAUGGGCACAUCAAAGGAAAAUCAUUGCCCCUGAAUUAUACAUGGAUAAGGUUAAGGGUAUGACACACUUGAUGGCGGACUGUUCAGUGAUGGUCGUGAACUGGUGGAAGAGCAAAGUCGGCAGCGAGGGCGGAGCAGCGGACAUAAAGGUCGACGAUUGUUUACGAAGGUUCACAAGGGAAGUUAUCUCGAGGGCUUGUUUCGGAAGCAAUUAUGCCAAAGGAGAAGAGAUCUUCUUCAAAAUUAGAGCUCUACAAGAAGCCAUGUCCAAAAAGGUUUUAUCCAAUGGCUUCCCUGGAUUGAGGUAUCUUCCGACGGAGAGCAAUAGGGAAAUAUGGAGGUUGGAGAAAGAAGUUCGAGCAUUAAUCUUGAAAGCCGUAAAUGAAACCAAGGAAGAAACAUCGAAGGGAGAUCUAUUGCAAAUGAUUCUAAAAGGUGCGAAGAGCAGUGAUUUAGGCCCCGAUGCGACUGAUAACUUCAUCGUUGACAACUGCAAGAACAUAUAUUUUGCUGGCUAUGAAACAACUGCCAUUACAGCUGCUUGGACCUUGUUGCUUCUAGCGUUGAACCCUGAUUGGCAAGAAAAGGUUCGUGCCGAGGUUCUUCAGAUUUGUGGGGGCAAAGUACCGGAUGCUGAUAUGAUUCGUCGCAUGAAGAUACUGACAAUGGUGAUCAACGAGACACUAAGGCUAUACCCUCCGGGAGCUAUAAUAUCAAGGGAAGCCCUAGAGGAUAUGAAAUUUGGAGGGCUCCAUGUGCCCAAAGGAGUGAACCUUUGGUUAAUGCCGGUUACCCUACACCAAGACCCUCAAAUAUGGGGACCCGAUGCAGACAAAUUCAAUCCCCAAAGGUUUGUCAAUGGAGUUAGUGGCGCCUGCAAUUCACCUCAUGUCUAUUUGCCUUUUGGGUUCGGUCCCCAUACAUGUUUGGGGCAGCAUUUUGCCUUGGCUGAACUCAAGCUUCUUGUUUCCCUUGCUUUGUCAAACUUCACCUUUUCUCCCUCCCCAAACUAUAGGCAUUACCCUUCUUUGAGUUUGAUUAUUGAACCUAAAUAUGGAGUAAAUCUCAUUGUUAAGAGGCUUUGAAAUAAU